CCGUACUCUGGCCUCGGAGAGAUCGUCCACAGAGAGAGCGUUCCCAUGCACACCUUCGCCCGUUAUCUCUUCACCUCUCUCCUACCUCAUGACGCUGAACUGGCGUACAAAAUUGCACUGAGAGCCAUGCGGUUGCCGGUGUUGGAGUCGACGGCCUCGUCAGGUGACCUGUCUCGACCCCACCACAUCGUUUCAGUGGUGCCCAACCGUUACCCGCGCUGGUUCACCCUGAGCCACAUAGAGUCUCAGCAGUGUGAGCUGGCCUCGACCAUGCUCACUGCGGCCAAAGGUGACAGUCGGAGGCUGGAGACGGUCCUGGAGUCCAUCCAGAAAAACAUUCACUCCUCGUCUCACAUCUUCAAACUGGCACAGGACGCGUUCAAGAUCGCCACUCUGAUGGACAGCCUGCCUGACAUCACACUUCUCAAAGUCUCUCUGGAGUUAGGACUGCAGGUGAUGAGAAUAACUCUGUCCACGUUAAACUGGAGGAGGAGAGAGAUGGUGCGCUGGUUAGUCACAUGUGCCACAGAAGUUGGUGUGUACGCGCUGGACAGCAUCAUGCAGAGCUGGUUCACCCUCUUCACCCCCACAGAGGCCACCAGUAUCGUGGCCACCACCGUCAUGUCCAACAGCACUAUCGUCCGCCUCCACCUGGACUGCCACCAGCAGGAGAACCUGGCCUCAUCCGCCCGCACACUCGCCCUCCAGUGUGCAAUGAAGGACCCUCAGAACUGCGCCCUCUCUGCUCUGACACUCUGUGAAAAGGACCACAUUGCCUUCGAGACAGCUUACCAGAUUGUACUGGAUGCGGCAUCGACAGGGAUGAGCUAUACACAGCUGUUCACUAUAGCACGCUACAUGGAACAUCGCGGUUACCCAAUGAGGGCGUAUAAGCUGGCGACAUUAGCCAUGGCUCAUCUGAACCUCAGUUACAACCAGGACACACACCCGGCCAUCAACGACGUGCUGUGGGCCUGUGCCCUCAGCCACUCGUUGGGAAAAAACGAGCUGGCCGCCGUCAUCCCCCUGGUGGUCAAGAGUGUGAAGUGCGCCACCGUGCUCUCGGACAUUUUGCGGCGGUGCACGCUGACCACGCCGGGGAUGGUAUCUGCACUGCACAGCCGCAGGAACUCUGGGAAACUGAUGUCGCUGGACAAGGCGCCGCUCAGGCAGCUGCUGGAUGCAACCAUCGGGGCCUACAUCAACACCACGCACUCACGCCUCACACACAUCAGCCCGCGCCACUACAGCGAGUUCAUCGAGUUCCUGGGGAAAGCCCGGGAGACUUUCAUGAUGGCUCACGACGGACACAUUCAGUUCACGCAGUUCAUAGACAACCUGAAACAGAUCUACAAGGGCAAAAAGAAACUAAUGAUGCUGGUGAGGGAGAGGUUUGGCUGAGGGUGUGGCCGGGGGUCACCGGAUGCUCCCCCCUCCUCACUCUAGUACUUUUCUAUUAACUUGAGUCUGCCUUUUGAACUUCUUUUGGACUUAUUAAAUAGACAAGUAAAAAAGAGGGAUGUGACUUGUAGAAUGAAGCAAAAAGAGAAAGGAAAAGAUGACAAAAAAUCAACAGAGCCACACGCGGUAUUAUUGUUCUUGCUGUUGUUAUUGUUAUAAACAUUAUUACUAUUAUUAUUAUUAAUAAUAUUAUUACUACUACGUGUACAGAAGUGUUUUUAUUUUUCAGAAGAGAGGAAAUUUGUCACGUUGUGAAUGUUGUGCGUAUUUCUCUACAUGUGUGCGAGAGGAAAAUGAAAAGUGAAAUGGCUUUUUGUUAUUUUUAUGAUUUAAAACAUCCUCUUUUUCCCCCCUUUUUGUUUUAGAGUAUAUUGAGUAAUAUGUAGUCAAGUGGCUGAAGCCCUUCUACGAUAGCGCUCGUGUACAAACAAGAAAAGAAAAGAAGACUAAAAAAAACGUCUCGACAUCCUCAAAGAGAAACUAAGGCUUUAAACCACACAGAGCACCUCCCUCUGUCUAGGCCCUCACCGGUGGGCGCUGGGCAGCACUGCACAGCUCGGCUCGGUUCGGCACAGCUUGGUUUAGCACUGACAGAAAGCUGCUAUCAGCAUUUCUUCAGACACAGCAGCAGCAGCAGC